AGAAGCGUCAAGAUGGCGUCUGUUGGAGGCUGAAGGGACCAGAGCUGCUCGUUCACAGCCCCACGCCGACUGAGAGCUCCGUGUUCCCGCAGAGAGCAGCGGCACGACCCGAAGAGGCCGGCGGCUUCAUGACCCGCAGAUAGCGGACUCUGCUGCGGACACUGCUGGUUUGGCCCGUCACCAUGGCAACAGACAUUGGCUCACCGCAGCGGUUCUUCCACAUGCCGCGUUUCCAGCACCAGGCGCCGCGGCAGGUGUUCUACAAGAGGCCGGACUUCGCCCAGCAGCAGGCGAUGCAGCAGCUCACCUUCGAUGGGAAACGCAUGAGGAAGGCGGUGAACCGCAAAACCAUCGACUACAACCCGUCUGUCAUCAGAUACCUGGAGAACCGUUUGUGGCAGCGAGACUAUCGAGACUUCAGAGCCAUCCAGCCCGACGCAGGAUGUUACAACGACCUGGUUCCUCCGAUCGGGAUGUUGAACAAUCCCAUGAACGCUGUCACCACCAAGUUUGUCCGAACCUCCACCAACAAAGUCAAGUGUCCUGUGUUUGUGAUCAGGUGGACUCCUGAGGGUCGACGUCUGGUCACUGGAGCGUCCAGCGGAGAGUUCACUCUGUGGAACGGACUCACCUUCAACUUCGAGACCAUCUUACAGGCCCACGACAGUCCAGUGCGUGCCAUGACCUGGUCUCACAACGACAUGUGGAUGCUGACUGCGGACCACGGCGGCUACGUGAAGUACUGGCAGUCCAACAUGAACAACGUCAAGAUGUUCCAGGCUCACAAGGAGGCCAUUAGAGAAGCCAGUUUCUCCCCCACAGAUAAUAAAUUCGCCACCUGCUCAGACGACGGCACGGUUCGGAUCUGGGACUUCCUGCGUUGCCACGAGGAACGGAUCCUCCGAGGUCAUGGCGCUGAUGUGAAGUGUGUUGACUGGCAUCCCACUAAAGGCCUGGUGGUCUCUGGCAGUAAAGACAGUCAACAGCCAAUCAAGUUCUGGGACCCCAAGACUGGACAGAGUCUGGCUACACUCCACGCCCAUAAGAACACGGUGAUGGAGGUGAAGUGGAACCUGAAUGGUAAUUGGCUGCUGACGGCGUCACGUGACCACCUGUGCAAACUGUUUGACAUCAGAAACCUGAAGGAGGAGCUUCAGGUGUUCCGAGGACACAAGAAGGAGGCGACGGCGGUGGCCUGGCAUCCCGUCCACGAAGGCCUGUUUGCCAGCGGAGGUUCUGAUGGUUCUCUGCUCUUCUGGCACACUGGGGUGGAGAAGGAGGUGGGGGGGAUGGAGAUGGCUCAUGAGGGAAUGAUCUGGAGUCUGGCGUGGCACCCGCUGGGUCACAUCCUGUGCUCCGGCUCCAACGACCACACCAGUAAAUUCUGGACGAGGAAUCGACCCGGAGAUAAGAUGAGAGACCGUUACAACCUGAACCUGCUGCCGGGGAUGUCGGAGGACGGCAUGGAGUACGACGACAUGGAUCUGAACAGCAUGGCCUGCAUCCCCGGUAUGGGGAUCCCCGAGCAGCUGAAGGCCGCCAUGGAGCAGGAGCAGAGCAGUAAGGAGGCCGCCCCGGAGGUGGAGAUGUCCAUCCCUGGUCUGGACUGGGGCAUGGACGAGGUCAUGGGGAAAGACGCCAAGAAGGUUCCUCAGAAGAAGGUGCCGUACGCCAAACCAAUCCCGGCCCAGUUCCAACAGGCCUGGGCCGACAACAAGGUUCCUAUGAUGCCGCCUGGAGAUCAGUCCAAAGAGCGGAAGGUGGAGCAGAAGCUGGAGGGGAAGAAGAAGACUCAGGCCGACAUGGAGCAGGACAUGUACAACAACCCUCAGCUGAUGGAGCAGAUGAAGAUGGAGCGGAUGAGCUCCGACGGGGGCAUGGGCCCCCCCCCACAGCCCCCCUUCCCUGGCCCGGGGGGCCCUGCAGGUCCUGGGGCCCCCAUGCCUCCUGGCCAGCAGGGGUUUCACCCCAACAUGCCUCCUCAGCAGAUGCCCCCCCCCAUGGGCCCUGGAGGUAUGCAGCCCCCGUUCAUUCCCCCCGGACAGAUGGGCCCCCCCUCCGGACCCCAGCCUCACCAGGGGCCUCAGGGCAUGAUGGGACCUCCAGACAUGCAGAGACAUCCUGGCCCUCAUAGAAACAUGGGUCCUCCAGGGCCGCACAGCAUGGGGGCCGGCCCCAGAGGGAUGCAGGGCCCUCCUGGGGGGAUGAUGGGCCCCCCCCCUCGGGGAAUGGGUCCAAGGGAUCCUCAAGGACCUCCAUCUCAGGGGGGCAUGAUGCCACCUCAAGGAAACAUGAUGGGCCCCCAGGGGCCGAUGCAGGGUGGAAUGAUGGGCCCCCCACCCAGGACACACAACAACAUGCCAAACAAUUAUGGGAUGGGCAACAUGCAGGGGCCCCCAGGAGGGAUGCACGGACCUCCAGGAAACAUGCAGGGGCCCCCCGGCAACAUGCAGGGGCCCCCGUACAUGCACCAGGGUCCGAACUCGGGACCAGUGAUGCACGGGAUGGGCCCUCAGGGGUCCCAGGGUCCGCAGGGGUCCCAGGGGUCCCAGGGGCCCCAGGGGCCCGGCAGCAAAGGAGACCCCCGGGGGCCGCCGCCCAACCACCACAUGGGCCCGUCGGACCGCCAGGGUCCCGGACCCGACCAGGGAACUGGGCCGUACUGGGACAACCAGCAGGGUCGGCGUGGCCCACAGGACUUUGAGGGAGGCCAGGACUUUCACGGCAGAGGAGAGGAGGGCUGGAGACCAGGACCAGGAUACCAGGGGGGGGGAGGACACAGGGGGGGGGGGCACCGAGGAGGGAACGGAGGGAACUGGGGUCCUGAGGACAGGUUCAGCGGAGGAGAAUUCAGAGGACGGAGAGACGAAAGGUACAGAGGGGGAGGCGGCCCCGGCCGGCCUGGAGGGCGUGGUUACCCCGAUGCGUACGGCGGCCAGGAGGAGGGCUUCGACGGCCCGGAGGAGAUGGGCCGAGGCUGGGACACCGGAGGCAGAGGGAGACCACCUCGAGGAGGAGGAGCCCCCCGAGGAGGAGGAGGAGGUCCGGAUGGUUACCGGGACGCUCAGCAGAUGCAUGAUGGGUCGUCACCAGCUGGUCGUGAGCGCCCGUCGUCCCUUCAGGGGAUGGACAUGGCGUCUCUGCCCCCCCGAAAGCGCCCAUGGCAGGAUGGACCAGGAACUGGAGAGCGAGAGUCCCCCGGAGCUGACGGAGGUCGCCCCCCCCCGAGGGAAGAGGGCAGCUACGGUCCGUCGGGCCGAGGUGGACGAGGAGGCUGGGGACCCGGAGGACCAGGACCCGGAGGACCAGGACCCGGAGGACCAGGACCCGGCCCCCGGAGGGGGGGGCCACCACCCAGAGGAGCACUGAGGGGAGGCGUUCGGGGCCGGUAGUCCCGAUGGAAAAACUCCCAUGAUCCUCCUGGUCCCUCCAGACCUGAGCCCACACCCUGACCCCCCUGGACUGAUGAGUGGUCAUGUGACACACAGGUGUGCUGCUGCUGUAGAGAAUGGUGGCUUGUGAUUGGAGGGACUGAGCAGGUGACAUUUUAAUGUAAUAUACUGUAGAGAAGCUCCGCCUCUUUUAUUUCACCCAAUCUUUUGUCUUCAGCUUGUUUGUCGUUUUUUGUAAAAGAUUUCUAUGUUUUUAUGUCUUCACCGUUCCACUGAGGUGGACAAUAAAGAUUCACACUUCAAACUUCA